UUUUGCGUCCGCCAGCCAGCCAGCCACCACCAGUCGGGUCGCUCGCUGUAGUUUUUUAUCAUCGGUGCAGAUUUCACAAACUCUUCUCGAAACUCACACACACGGUCGACCGGACCCGGACGAGUAGUAAAUCGAAUCGGAAAACUUCCCCGCCCCCUCCUCCCAACAGGAGACGUGUCCCGGCGGUUGUGUGUUGCCGCGUUGUUCCCCCCCCCCCCAUCAGUCCCGUUUGUCCGACCGGAACGGGUACGGGGUGUGUGGAGGCUUCCCUGCACGGCGUGUAGAAAAAGGAUUGUGUACUCUGGUGUGUCGUCGCACACGCGUAACGAAUAGAAGAACCACAGAGCGGAGCUCAUACGCCGCAGCAGGUGUUUUGUGGGGUGGAAUUGCGGGAGGGGCGUGAUUUGGUAGUGAAAAGUGUGUUUUGUUCUGUGUUGCCACAGUGUGUGUGUGUGUGGGAGGUGAAAGAAGGGAAAGAAAGCACCGGCUGCAUUCCGUUCCCGGGAUCCGGCGGCACACGGCAGAGUGCCUUGGAGAGUGCCGUGAACGCGGGUCGAAGGAAGGGUGCGGUAACGAGCCGUCGUCCCACGCAGCAAAGGAAAAGCUGCACGCUCAUCGGCAGACACACACACUGCGGAACGCAUCGACACACACACACACACGAUCCCAGGUCGGCAGAGAAAUGUCGGAGAAAGCAGCAGUCGUCACAGCAGCAGUAGCCGCGGCCGUUCCGGCACCGCUACCGCCAGCUCCGGUAGUGCCAGCUCCGGCUCCGGCAGCAGCAGCAGCAGCAGCAGCAGUAGCGGCACCAGCAGCAGGAGCAGCAGCAACAACAACUACAGCCACACCGCCAGCUCAACAGAAGUUAUCGGAAUCGGAUGAUUUUACCGACAAUUCGGCAGAAAACACAAAGGAAGCCAAUCAGGAGGACACUUCGCAGCAGAGUGGCCUGGCAACGGUCGAGUCCGAGUACGAUACUGCCUCCGAUUCGCCGUCGGACGGUGGCGAGGAGGAAGACGAAGAGGAGGACGAUUACGAGGAGGAGGAAAGCGGUGGCGAGGAAGAGGAGGACGAAGAGGAUGACGACGGUACGGAGGAGGACGACGAGGACGACGGUACCGAGGAGGAGGAGGAGGAAGACGAGGAGGACGACGAUGAUGUGAUCGAGGUGCACGAGCGGCAGAGCGGCGACGGGCAGGAGCAGGACGCGGAAAGCCGCCGCAAGGUGGACGAUGACGAGGACCGCAGCAACCCGCAGUACAUCCCGAAGAAGGGCACGUUCUACGAGCACGACGACCGGACGGCCGAGGACGAUCUGGACGAUUCGGGGGUGGACGGGGACGAGCAGCGGUCGAAGCGGAACGAGGACGGGCUCGGUGAAGGCGAUUCGCACGGUGGCGGUGGCGGUGGUGGAGGUGGCGGCGGCGGAGGCGGUGAGCUCGGAGCGCCCGGAAUGUACGGAGGCGAGCGGCGCGGUUCGGAGAAGGGCGGCGGUGGCGGUACCGGUGGCGGAGCCGGGGCAAAGGGGGCCAAGAAGUGGCAGGCAUCGGCCGACCGGUGGACGCACGACCGGUUCGACGAGAGCGAGCAGGCCCCGAAAUCGCAGGCCGAGCUGGUGUUCGCGUACGGGUACGACAUCCGGAGCGAGGAUGGGCCGCCGAAGGCGCGCAGGAAGCGCCGGUACGCCCGCGGCCCGAACCGGUACACGCGCAACUGGGAGGACGAGGACGCGUACCAGAAGUCGUCCGGGGCGGAGCACCACCAGCGGCACAAGAAGCUGCCGCGGCCGGAAGAGUUCCCCGAGCUGGCGGGCGGCGCCAACGGGAAGAGUGGCCGGGCGACGGGCCGGGGCCGCCGGGAGGGCCCGCCGAAGGGUGCAGAUGGGCAGCGAAGGCAGUCCGGCGGGACGGAGGGUGGUGUGGCGGGUGGUCGUGCGAAGUCGUCCGAUGUGCGGCGGGCGGGUGGCGCCGGGCCGGACCGCUCGAUGGGCCGUUCGGAGCGGGUACGGUCGGGCGAUUGGGCUGCGAGUGCGGCCAGCGGCGCUCCGGCCGAUCGUGACCGGGAGCAGGAGCAGCGGGCCGGCGAUUGGGAGCAGAGGCCCGAGUACGGAGGCGGCAAUGGGCGGUAUCGCAACGAGGAGCGCGGCGCGCGCAACAAUUAUCACAACAAGGAGAACAAGCUCGCCGGCAGCGGUGGGCGAAAUGGUAAGGAGAAGGAGUACAAGGUGAUGAGCUCGCUGCAGUACAAGGGUCAGGCGAGAAACAAAAAUGGCGAAGCAGGAGGAGCUGGAACGGGUGGCAGUGGGGUUGCACCGAUGGGAGCGGGAGCCGGGGCAGGACCGGGACAACCGGCCGGCAGUCCGGGACUGGCUGCCGCUGCCGCCGCUCCAAUGAUGCACAGCAGCAGUGCCGGUGCUCUGUCCGGCAGCAGCAAUAGCAACAAGAUGAACAACCACGGCCCAGUGCAGCAGCAGCAGCAGCAACAGCAUGGAAACAGCACCAGCCCUGGAGGUGAACGCAUCCACCACGCGGACCCGAACCAUCAGAGCAGGAUGAUGAACGUGGUGACGACAUCGGCCUCGCUGGGUUCAGUGCCAUCGGCCGGGGUGCAGCAACAGCACUACGGCAUUCAUGGCCAAAUGGCGCAGCAUCCUCAUCAGCAGCAGCAACCGUCCCAACCGCCUCAGAAGAUGAAACAGGGCUACCUGGAGGAGGACCAUUCGAAGUAUGUGCCUCUGUACGCGGGAUCAGCACCAAUGCAGCAGGCGAACGCAGCCGGUGGGCAGCUUCCGAUGAGUCAGCGAUCUCAAAUCUCACCCCGCGCAAUAGUGGCACAGCCCGCACCGCCGACAGAGCAAGUGUCGUCCGAGCGCAUGCAGCUGGAGUACCAAGCGAUGCCGCAAGGGUACGGUGGCCAGCAGCGUCCGUUGACAGUUCAGCAGCAACAGCAGCAACAGCAGGUUGCUAAUCAAAUGCAACAUCAGCAGCAGAUGCUGCCGGCGGAGGUGCCUCGUGCGACGAAACGAUACUCGACACAGCGGCAGCGAUCCGCGAUGGAAAGUGCGGCCAACGUUAAUGCGAUGCAGGUGCAACAGCAGCAGCAGCAGCAGCAACAGCAGGUGCAACAGCAGCAGCAGCAGCAAGCGGCCGCUGCGGCCGCCGCGGCAGCAGCAGCCGCCUCCAUGCACGAGCAGCGCCAGCUGAUGCAACAGCACCAGGAGCAGAUGCUGCGGCAUCAGCACGAACAACAGCUCAACAAACAGAAGCAGCAGCAGCAGCAGGUGUACGCCCAGCAACAGCUGCCCCAGAGCGGACCGGCUCCCGGUGGGCUGCCCAUGACGCUGCAGCCCGCCGAGUAUCACGUGGCCGUCGGCAAGACGCACCAGCAACCGCCUCCGCCGCCGCAGGGCGCUCCGGGUGGCCAAAGCGCACCGGUCCAGUACCACCAGACGGCGGCCCUCUACUACGCGCCCGCCCCGGGUGGUGCUGGUGGACCCGCUCCGGGUGAGUACGUCACCGCGGCCGCUCCCGUCGGUCAGCCGCAGCAGCAGCAGCAGGCGCCACCACCGCCCCAACAGCAACCGUCCCAGGCGCCACCACCCCCGCAAGCCCAGUAUGCACCGCCCCCGUACGCAGCGCAAGGACCGCCGCCGCAACCGCCCCAGUCCGCCCCGUACCUGGCGGGUCCCGUGCCCGCCCCCAGUGCCUACUUGCCAGCGCCACAACCUGCCAGCGUGCCACAGCCCGGCCCGCAGCCGCCUACGGGCGUCGUGCCGGGCGGUGGUGCACCGCCCCCGCCGAUGAACUUUGUGCCCGCGCUCGGGCCACCGCCGAGCGGAGCCGCACCGGGCGUUAGCCCGGCCCAGUACCCGACCGCCUACGCCGCCAGCUUCCAGACCGGGUACGCACCGGCGGUCGGUGUCGUGCCGCAGCCCGUGCCCGGUGGCCCACCGCCAUCGGCCGUCGUCGCCGGUCCGCCCACCGGAGGCCCCGGUGGACCACCGCCGCCGACCGCGCUGUACCAACCGUCCGGUGGCAUCACGUACUACGCACCUCAAACGCAAGCGCAAGCACCCCGCCCACUGCCCACCGGUCGAAGGCCGACCGCCGCUAUACCGAUUCUGGCCCCGCCGGAUCGUAAACCGGCCGGAGCCGCCACCACGCCCGCCAGCGCGAGUGCGGCGAACAAAUCGGGCGGAGCAACCAGCCGCUCCACCGGGGACGAAUCGACGGCAGCGAAUGCUGCCGAGGGCGGGGCGGAGGGUGCCGGCGGCUCUGCGCCGGCUGACAGUGGCGAAAACAUCGACCACAUCCUGGACAACAUGUUCGUGCAGCGCCCCCAGUAUCAGCCACCGUCGCGCAAGAGUCCGUCGCCUGCGCUGGCAACAACUGCCGCUGCCGCCGCCGCUACGCCUCAGCAAGCGCCGGGCGGUAACGAAACGCCCAACGGGGCCGUGGACGCAGCAGGCACCGAUGGACAGGAGCCGAUGGAUAAAAUUGGAGAGUCUGUUAAGAAAAUGUCCAUCCAAGACACGGAGAAACUGUCCAUCGCCGGUGGUGUGCCAGGUGUGGAGGCCAAAGAGGUUGCGGCCGGUGUGAGCGAAGCGGUUGAAUGACGCUACUAAAAGCUAGCGUGUCGAUCGUGGAGUAGUAGUAGCGCCGUUGCUUGCAAUAUAGGCUCACGUUUGGUCAUCCCUGGGAACGCACCCAGGAAGGAGCCAUUGUAAUGAUUGUCUGUUCAGAGUGUUGUGUAGUAGCAGAGUACUACUUCGCUUAGGUUUGUUUUUGUGCUACUCCCGCGAGAGAGAGAGAGGAGGUAGGUGUAUCCUUUUUUGACUAUUUUCCCAGUAACACUAGGAAACAUCAACAACGAUCGAUUGUGUGAUUUGAGCAGUAGUAGUUGUGUUGUGCACUCGCGGAUUCACGGCUUCACGCGUCUGUACACGUGAUUCAUACCGAAUUGAAUUGAUUUGACGAACGGACAAAUUGACCGUACCUCACAUCGAGUACGGAUGAACGUAGAAAUGUAUCUUUUAUGAGCUCUUUUGGUUUUUUGUUUUGUUUGUUUGUCCCUCCUCGCCAAGUAGAGAUUAUUUAGUGAUAUUUACAUCAAACUAUAUUUAUCUUCCUCUCUUGCGCAACCCUGACUAACCUAGAAGUGGGGAAAUGGGCAUCUAAUCAGUGUGUGCGUGUAUUUGCUGUGUGUGAGUAAUACAACAUACAAGAAAGGAGGGACAUUUAGAGCAGCUUCAGGCAUAACAAGAGAAAAGGCGCGCGCGCGUACGUCCAGUGAACGACAGAAUACACGAGCUAUUAAUAAUGUAAGCAAAACCUGUGUGUACAGCAGAACAGAUUAAAAACAAAAAACUAGAUGCAUCCCCGCACCGCAACAGUCACAAAAAUCGAACAGAUUUAGCCUGCAGCAAGAAGGCGGAAAUAAUCACCGGAAUCACGUGCUCCACCACCACCAACACACAGUUGCACUUUUUUCUCUCUAAUUUUAUCCUACGAUUCCUUUCACGUCAUCAAAACCAAGCAAUACGAUUUCACGAAGCAGAACAAAAAAGCGCCGUCUAUAGCCAAUAAGAAUGACAGAGGGGGUGUGAAAGAGGCAAAAAAAUCUAAUUGUAUUUAUAUAUUGAUUGCGAAGAAGAACAAAACAAAACAAACCGGUUAGAACGAGCGCCCAUACGGAUUUCGCAUGAGUUUUUGCGGCGUAGUGUUUAGGAGCAGCGAUAGAAAAGAAAGAAAGAGAGAGAGAAAAAAUGUAUGAAGUUGAAGCAAUGGAAAACAUAUGAAGUCAUUAUCUAAGAAUGAAAUAAAAAAGAAAGUAUAAUCUA